CUUGACACUUCAUAGCUUGGCCAACCAUGCGAACCAUUAGCGGCAGCAUCGAUCCAGGAUAGCUCAAGAGGCAGCCAGGCUAGCGGUCAGUCGUUGUACAAAAUCAACAAACGCGCAUAUCAACAGUACAGGUAUGAGUGACCAUACGGAUUCAUCCCGUGGCAUAUGAUUUAUACUAUACAUACUUUGAUCUGAGAGCUCAACGACAACACAACCAUUCUCGAGUGGGAAUUUGAUCGAUCAAGACCAAGUUCAUUGUUGGUCUCAAUCGGUCUUCAUAAUUAUAAUCCAUCGACUUGCGACAUUGCGAGUAAUCACUUGUGACUAGAUGGUCACAGAACCUUCGAUAGAGCCUUGCCAGUUGUCCCAUCUGGGUCUUGAGGCGAGCAAACUUAUCAACCGGCGUAAGACGCAGCCACGCGGUUUCAUCACUUCAGCCACCAGAGUUUCUUGUACACGAAGCUCGCUGUUUUCAGGAACCGGCCUCACCGGCUUGCGGCGAUGCAUGCGGGCUCCCGAUCGGCUUCGGGUCACGGCCCGCCCCAUAUGUAUCAUGGGAAUCACUUUCCAAAUCCCACUAUAUUUCAUAUCCCGAAUAGCUCAAAAAUUCAAUACCGACUUCGGAAUGCAAGCCUCCAACUGCCAGCUAGGCAUAUAUCUUGCAUUUUGGGGUUGUGGCUCUCAUAUUACUUACAAAAUGCAACCCUUCGCCAACUCCGCCUGCCUUGUGCCAAGCGAAGACUUUCGAAGUUCUCUUGAACCACGUCACAAGGGGUUAGAAGGCCAACACACUACAGUCCACCCAAACCUAGACAUCAAAAAAUCUACCUGGUCACUUUUCCACAAAGAAAGAGGAAAAGAAACAAAUCAGAAAGGCAAGUCUUCGGAAGUCUCACCGCCGGAGAAGGACCGGAGCCGGACGAAGCUCAGAAAACUACCUUAUUCAACCCGUACGUAUCACAUAGGUACCUACCUUACCUAUAGACUCUUCAACACGGAACUCUGCUUCUGUCAGUUAAAGGCUUUAACCAUGAGUUGCUUGUGGAAGAGAGACGAGGUUGGAAAUGACUUGGAGCAAGGCUACGCUAAUGGUUUGAAAGUGACAUAUAUAAGGAUUCUGAUGCGAUUGGAUGCCUCAUCCGACUGGUGAGCUUUCCUCCUCUCCUAUUCCCUGUCCCCACCCAACCUUGCCAUUUAGCCACGUCACACAGCAUUUACCGUGUUUCGCUGCACGAGCGGAAGACAUGAUCUACAUC